AUGGCAGCUGAAGGAAUUGAAAAAUUAACAGAAGUCCCCGUGGAGUUUUUCAAAGAUGGUUCACAAUUUGUCAAGAAAUGUCAGAAACCAGAUCAGAAAGAAUACUUUAAGAUAAUCAAAGCUGUUGGUGUCGGUUUCCUUAUGAUGGGUGUCGUGGGGUACGCUGUGAAGUUGAUUCAUAUUCCAAUUAGAUACUUGAUUGUUUAG